AAUUUUAAACUCAAGGCGGAAGAAGUCAGUCAAUACACAAAAAAGCAUGAUAUAGAUCUUAAAGGGUUGACCAAACAAAUGAGAUAUCAACUAUUAUGGAAUAAAAUUAUUGAAGCUAGAAUUGUUCCAUUUAUCCAUGGAGUAAGUGAUGAAGAAGUAGAUAAUACUAGAAGGCAAAAAGUACUGAAUAGUACUUUAAGUUUAAAACAGAUCAUAGUCAAAGAUUCAGAUGGUGCACUAGAAAAUCUCAAAAAGCAACAAGCUAAUUGUUCAAAUUUUAAUAAAUUAACAAAUGAUCUAAAACUACCAAGCAUAAAAGAAUUUAAAAUAAAGAUGAGAGACUUAAACCCUGAACUACAGGUUUUAUUUAACAAGACAAGCAUAAAUGAAAUAGUAGAAAUUAAGGAAGGCAGCACUGCAAGACUCAUCAUGUUAUGUAACAUCGAAAGUGAUAAAAUUGAUAUAGAAGCAAUUAAACAGGGAAUAUACCAACAAAAAAUCAUGAAACAAAGCUCUAUGUUAUUUGAUGAAAUACGUAAAAAUGCAAUUGUCAAUUACCAUAAAAAUUUUAAAUAA